AUGCCUUUUAGAAAGGUGACGAAGCCCAGAGCCAAGAAGGUCGAGGCUGCUAGGAUUGAUCCAGAAGUCGCUAACAAUGAUGGUGAGGAUGCUGACGCUGAUAAGGAGUCAGUCCAUAGGGGUGCCUACUCCCUCAAUGCUAGCAAGUGGAGGACCGUCGCAAGCCAGAACAUCGUCUACUUCAGCUUGUACUCACCUCCAAAUUCGAGGAACAAUGACAGUAAUCAGCUACUGCCUUCAAGUCUUGGUUGCUCUUUCCAAACCAGAAGCGUCAGCGGGUUAGAGAAAGAGAACUCUAGGGCAACAAAACCGGAUCAAGAAAAAGAAAAUCAAUUCUCUGCAAUAGCAACAGAAAAAUUGGUCCAAAACUUUGAGCCUGCUAGUGUCUAA